GGCCCACCCUUUUGUGCUCUGUUUUUCUGAUAUCGUUUGAUGAACCUUCCGCAUUUUCUUCUGUUAACCAGCAAGAUGGAACAACCUUCCAGCUCUAGCCAGCGUGAGCCUUCAUCUCGUUUCACAAACAAUAAUGACAGAUACUCAUCUGAAGCAGGGCCAUCGAGGCCAAACACUACCACAACCACAACCGAAAAGAGUACUGGUCUUGGAAGCCCACACCCAUGGGAGCACUAUUCAGAUUUUGAGAAUGAUGAUUAUGAUGAUGACUACGAUGGUGAUGGUUCAAGCCUCCGUUCAAAAAACACGAUUUUAGUAAGCUCCCUGCGAACCUUUACUCCGCAACAGGGUACAAUAAGAAAGAGAAAGGCUUCUAGAGGCAACGAAUCACCCUCAAAUGUUGUCAUCGACGAAUCUUGUAUAGAAGCAGUUAUCUCUUCUCCAAAAUUUCGGGCCGUAAAAACCAAAGUCGAACUUCUAGAGAAACAGUAUCCCGAUGACCUACCAUACACAAUUACUUUUGAGUACAACACUCAGAACCUGUUUCUAAAAUGUCAAGAAUGCAACAAGUCACUCAGUCUCUUGAAAGGGGGAGGAAAUAUUGGAAGUCACGCAAGUGGCGUUUUGCAUUCAACGUGCGUCGAUAAACGGCUACGAAAAUUAGAGAUGAAAGGUUUCAAGAGGCAAUUAACCAAAGAAGUUAGGGCACGAGAAUCAGCCUUGAAUUCUUCGUCCGCGUUGACUGCAACAAUGAGACCCCAAAGAUUGCAGCGACAAAAACAGACUUCGAAUCGGAAAUAUUCAGUACUUACGCCGUCAGAAAACUCUGAAUCUACCCCGUCUUCAGAGGAUGAACAACUGCGAUCAAAAAAGCGGUUAUUAGUAGCCCCUCCCCUUACCCAGUCAUCUGCAGACAUUCCACACCCUAAUCUUGAUAGAUUCGAUGAGAUGUUGACGCAGCAUCAAGAGUUUGAGAAGAUAUUAGAAGACUCAAUCAUUGGCAUACAUGUCCGACAAUCAACCCAACACAAUUUACUCGUAGACGAAGUACAAAAGAAGAUAUCGUAUGGUCUUGGGCCCCUUGACAAUCGAGUUACAGCCUUGGAAAAGCAUGUUGAAGAAUCUUACCAAAGCGCACAGCAUAAGGAGCUCACCGAACAGAGAAUAAGCAAGGCGUGGCAUUCCUCAGAAUCUGCACUUCGAGUAGCCAAGAAGCUAGAAGAAGAUGUGAAGGCAAGCGAACAGAAAUCAUCUGCCUGCCUGAACCUAGUGAGGGAACUAGCGGAAGUGGUCAAUCGAAUCGAGAGAUGGAUAUCAACUUCAUCAGAAACCGAUCGAGUUGGUAGAUUAGGGGAUGAAAUCAAAGGAGUCAAAGAAGUGGUGACGGGCAUUCUUCAGCAAAAUAUCCUCGACAAAGUAAACUACUCAGGCAAAGGGCCUCAAAAUGUUAAGGCCUUCCAAUCUCAGCCAGACACUGAUCGAGUUGUUGCAUUGCAAGAAAGAGUUAACACACUCACGACAAAACUUUCCAAUCUGGCUGGUCUUGUCGAAAAGUAUGAAUUGCGUGCCAGUCACAGUAGCACUUUUAACGACGCCACCUUCAUCGAGGAUCUAAAAAAGUCCAAAGGGACGAUGAUGAAGCGCCUGGCUACAUCUGAGGAGCGCUUGGCUGCCUUGGAGGAACAGAACGACAAACUCGUUUUUAAGAUUAAGGAUUUAGAAAAAGGAGAAGAGACGGCAUGAAAAUGGAUGGGUGAUGAGCCGAGACGGAUUGGUGCAAGGAUUUCUUUUAAUGGGCCUUUGGAUAAAAUAAGGACCAGGAUUGAAUUCCAUCCUUGGGAAUAUUUCA